AUGGUGAAGAACCUUAAGAAUAAACAUAGAUUGAAUUUGUUGGGUUUGAUUGAGACUAAAAGGGGGAUAGUGACGAGAUAUGAUGUGGCCAGACUAUGGGGAGAGGAUGGAGCGGGAUGGGAAUAUGUAGGCUCUGAAGGUGCAUCAGUUGGACUUUUAUUAAUAUGGGAUGAAUCAGUGGAGGAACGACAAGGUGAUGGGGCCUUACCUCGGUCUGCAGAAGAUUUUAAGGCUUGGAUCCAAGAUAUGGAGUUAGUGGACUUUCCGCUCACUGAUCGUAUGUUCACAUGGUUUAGGGGACGCUCUUGUAGUCGCAUUGAUAGAGCUAUGUUUAGCCUAGAGUGGCUGGAGGAGUUUCUGGAGACUCGGGUACGAGGUGGACCAAGGGGGCUGUCAGAUCAUUGCCCUAUUAUCGUAGAAGACAACAAAAUGCGGGGAGGACCUAGGCCGUUCAGAAGUUUAGAUUCCUGGUUUACGCAUGAAGGCUUCAUUAGAAUGGUGAAGGAGGAGUGGAGAGGCUUGGGGGAGAUUCAGUUCACAGAUAAAUUGAAAGCAUUGUCGAUUCCUUUAAGAAGGUGGCAUAAGGCCAAUUUUAGUGAUAUGGAUAAGAAGAUUACGACCUUUGAGGAAGAAAUUAAAAAGAUUGAUGACUUGGUAAGCAAUGGAGUGUAUGAUGGAACUAUGGAGGCUAGGCGAAAGGCGCUAAAACACUCUCCUAUGGUGGGCUUCAGGGAUGGUCUAGUGGGAAGGAUAUGCCAGGAUGAGGCUGUAAAGUUGGAAAUGUUGCCGUCAGCUGAGGAGAUAAGAGAGGCUGUUUGGGAUUGUGAGUCCUCUAAGGCGCCAGGCUGUGACGGGUACAACAUGAAUUUCAUUAAGAGGUGUUGGGAGGAGAUAGGGCUGGAAUUCACGACAGCUGUGAUCGGGUUCUUUCAGACAUCAAGAUUACCGGCGGAGUCCAAUAUCAGUUGGGUGGCGCUGGCACCGAAGUUUGUGGGGGCAAGGGAGAUUAAAGACCUGCGACCUAUUAGUAUGGUUAGGUGUGUGUACAAGGUCAUUUCCAAAGUACUGGUGAGGAGGAUGAGAUAA